AUGGCCAGGAACACCUUCGUAGAGGCGAACCGUCGUCUCGAGGACGAACGACGAGCAAAAUACUGCGGAACGGCCAGCAUCAGGCUUGAUUUACCCCCUGAAGUCAAGUUGGAAUGUGUGCAGGGUUGUGACCGUCUUACGGCGGCUGAUGACGUCCUCGAUGGCGCGAACAAGCGUUGGGUGGUGGACCUCUUCCUCGACGACCUAAAAAGCCCUAGCGAUGGCGAGUUGUAUCGCAAAAUCCGGGAGUACCAAGGCAUUGGCGGCCAAGAGAACGACUUCUUCGAGAGGUUGUGGCUGGGACGGCUGGCGGUGUCGGAAAACCGCCGGAAAAACUUUGACCAACUUUGUCGGCACCGCAAGUAUGCCGCAGCCUUCGAUGACUUGCUGGAAAUCCCGGCGCUGAUGGGAGGGAUGCGACUUAGCGUAGUGCACCAGAUGAUCCCGAUGAAAUGUGACGAGCCAAAUAUUGUCUACCUUAGGAAUAUCCGCAAAUGGUGGAGCGGACUUUGCGGCGGCAGCCACGAGACCAUGUGCCAAAUUGACAGUGCGACCGUCGAGGCUCUGCAGGGUAGGGCUCCUGGAGCCUGCAGGACAGAUCACGAUGACUUGGUUGCGAGAUUGAAAAGCGGGCAAAUAUUUGGCAACUUUUCAGAGCUGCAGCGCGAGGCGAUGUGGCCCAAAGUCUGCAGCACAUCUCGCACACAGUUGAUCCCGUCAUUGUUCACCUUUUUCGAAGACCGCAAGUUUCUUGCAUGUGCUGCGGAGUGCAUGAAGAAAAUCGUGGAUACAGGACCACGAGAUACGAUUGCAGGCCGCCUGGAAGACAUGUUUACAGACGUCAACCAAGAGAGGGAGCGAUGCGUGAUUCAGAUCUCGGACGGGAGCUUUGGAACUGUUGCAGGAGACGUCGCGCUGAGAAUUGACUUGGGGAUGCGGCAGCUCUGGCUGGCCGCAUUCCGCAUGUACCAAGACCUGCCGACCGACGCGCGAAAGAAAGAACGCUUGGCGAAAGCGCGAAUGAAACCAGACGAAAGCGCACUUUAUGACCUCGCCUCGCUUGCUUCGCGACUUGGAUUCGAGUCGGAAAAAGUGAGAAAGAUAUUGCAGGCGUCACCGGACAGGGCCAUCGCCGAACACGCACUGCUCGCGGCUCGGAAGCCAGGGCGAUUCCAGUACGCAAAUCGCGAGCAGCGCAUCCAACAAGUGGUUGACGUAUUCGCAACGGCCGUUCCAAUGUCUGACGCUGAAGCAUCGGAGCAUGCGGAUACUACUACCGUGCGUGUGCAACCUCCAAACCGAUACGGAAUACCCCACCAUCUGGAUCACGAACGCGAUAAAGCCCGGCUGUUCCUUUCGAAGCUGGGCGAAGCAGCAGAAUCGAAUCAAACAGAGCUGGGCUCGUUGUUCAUCAGAAGGUCGGUGUAUUGGGCCUACUUUGGACUACCUCCAUCGACCGAGGGCUGCCUUGCAGUCCGCGAAACGACAAAUCUAGAUCUGUCCAUGCCUGACCAGCCAUCCUCACCGUUGGAGAUCUCAAAUCGUGACGACUCGCAUCGAGUAGAUGACCAUAGGUCCAAGCUGCAACAGUUACAGCGAGACAUUGAGAAUGAGCAGACAAAGUUAGCUCAGCUCAAAAUUCUGCUUGCCGCAGAGCAGAGCAAGAUCGAGGAGAAGGAAAGGCUGCUGAGACUGCUCGCUAGACAAGAUGAGGAACAACACGCCAGGAUCGAGGACAAGGAAACAUUACGAGAGGAGGAACACCACGCAAAGCUGCGACAGUUGGAAGAAACGCAGCAGGAGCAACAGAACAAACUGGAUCGCUUGACAAAAAGGGUGCAGGAGGAAGAAGAGAGACAGCGCACAGAAAUGGCUCUUGCGCUACGGGAUGACCCCGUCUCUGAGGCCGAGGAACUCGGGGGGAAUGAAAGAAGACGGGGCAUCCUGCCAGAGACCAUUCGCAUCGAGUUCAAGUUGCUCGAGCAGAGCGGCAUGUUGAAAGUUGUCGAUACUCUAGAUGUUGAUCCUGCUGAUCCAUCACCAGUGCGUCGGCUCGCGGGGAACGCCCAAGAACUGCUUCGAAAAGGCUACGAUGGGCGGGGCUAA